GAUGAUAAAUGAAGCUUCUCUGUGAGUGCAGAUGGAGAACUACAGUAAGGCUCGGACGGUGGAGCAGCCGUCUGUCUGUCCGUUCCCCGGCCUCCCCCCCGACACGCCGGAGGUCCACGUCAAAGACGGCAGCAAGAUCCGCAACCUGCUGCGUUACGCCCUGAGCCGCGUGGAGGCCAACCCCCGAGCGCCUGAAGACGAGGGUCGGCCCGCACCGGAGGAAGGAGGCGCGGCUGUGGAGGGACAACAGGAACCGAAAGGCCGUCCGCUCUGCAAACAGAUCGUCUUCACGGCGACCGGGAAAGGCGUGUCCAAAGCCAUAACGUGUGCCGAGAUCGUGAAGCGGCGUGUGAAGGGGCUCCACCAGCUCACCCGGCUGCUGUACGGCACCGUGGUGGAGGUGUGGGAGCCGCUGGAGCCCGCCGCCGGCCUCGACAGCCUGACGGUCAGCAGGAACGUGCCCGCCAUCUGGGUCCUCCUCUCCAGAGAGCCGCUGGACUGCAGCCAGCCCGGGUACCAGGCGCCAGGACGCUACGACGCCCUGUGGGCUCAGUCCGCUGGCAGGGAGGAGGGCGGAGGGUCCACCGGGCAGAGACCGGGACACAAGAGGAAGAAAGGAGGAGGAGGAGGCAGAGGGAGAGGACCCGGACGGCAGACUGGACGGUCCAGAGAACCCGCUAAAGGCCCGAGCUGACGGAGCGUUUCACAAACUGUAAAGACUAAAACGAUGUGAGACGUUUCGGUCGAUCAGCGUCCGUGUUUCCAGGCAGCCGUUCGUUUCACUUUGUUUCUUUAACCUGAAGAGACUUCAACCUUUUCCCUUAAAAGACUCUUUAUCACUGAGUGAACACAGAACAGCUGGAAGGUUUUAGUUUAUUUCUUAUGAAAACUUCUUUUUCUGAUAUUUUUAGGGUUUGUUUUUGACCAGUUCAGUGUUUCCUUCUCUCUGAUAUUGUUCUAAUGCAGUUUGUGUUCAGAUAUUAAAUAAUUCACUGUAAUGUGAGUUAUUUUAUUUUAAGUUAAACAUUUUUAAGUAGUUUGAACUUUUUUUUUUUCACAAUACAAAUUUCUAAAUAAAGUCAGUGCCACUUAAAAUUGACAAUUAUAAUUGAGUUAAAUGAACUUGAAUAAAUAUAUUAAGUUGAGUUGAUGAGUAAAAUGCUGAGUUUUAUUUUCCAAGAAGAACUUGCGACCCCUCCAUGAAGCUUUGGUGACCCCUAGUGGGUUCCCGACUAGUAGUUGAUUUUAUUAUGUAAAUGUUAUAUUUUGACAACAUGUGAUAGCAGGGACCCUGUCAUUCAAAACUAGACUGCUACAUUACUAAUGAUUAAUGUAACUAUAGCUGAAAAUAGAGACUAUUUAUCCCUGAACAGCAUGCAGUUCAUGUAGGCUUUAUGAUGCAGGUACAUUAUGUCUUAAGUCUUGAACAGCAAUAUCCUGCUCCUCUCUACAAGAAACAGCUUCAGGACACACUUCAUCUAACAAUAUGUCAUUGUCUGCUGCUUGGGAUCUCUCAAUCACCUUAACUUGGUAGUUAAACAGCCAUUAUUGCCCUACAGUUUUCUCUCUUUCCUGCUGCUGCAGCUUCACAUUAAAAGCUUUUAACUGCCGGAUAAUGAGUUGACUUUUAUUUUGAAGCAAGUCAGUCACAGGAAGUGCCAAGUGUUUGUCAGCUAGCUUGAGAGCGUUCAACAAAAAUGUGUCAAAACAAAACGAUGACAAUAUUCCAUCCUUUAAUAAUUAAUGGACGGUGAACUCACUAUCGAGCUGUGAGAGUUUGAUGAGCUGAAACAGACCCAACAUACAUUAAAUAUACCGAUAAUAUAGAUAAUAUAGUUACUUAAAGAGAGAUCUGAUCCAGGAGCCUCGAGGAUACUUGGACCUGGUCUAAACAGCUGAAACCUGCCUGUGAUGGAUGAGUUAUCGGUCAGGAAGUUUGAUUUGUGGGUAACAAUAAUGUAAUUAAAAACACCACCGGUCCUGGUUU